GUUUUGGUCUGGAUUGUGAAGUUACUGUAGUGAGAGAGAAUUUGGAUCGAAACAAGUUUGCCACUGAAAAAAGGAUUGCAACUUUGAUCGGGGGUACGAAAUUGUUUUGAAUGUUCUCUCUUUCGCUCUCGUGUACAUGACUAUGACUUGAUGCCUAUUUGGCCAGAGUUAUUGUUGCUGCCUAGCAUCACUUAUUCUUGCUACCGAUCUAAGGCAUCGUGGGGAUUGAUUAGGCAGUGAAUUUGGGUGCGGCCAUUAGUUGAAAUCGUUGCAAUGGAAGAGAAGGUUACAAUUUCAUCAGGGCCACAAUCGGCUUCUGGGCAUGUUGCUCCAUCUACUUCUGAUUCUACAACCUUCGUGAAGAAUAAAAGUGAUGGUAGCUCUUCCUUCAAAGAUAUCUUUGCAGGCAUGAUCCCAGGACAUCAUAACAGCAGGAUGAUUGUCAUUGGCCAUCGCGGAAAUGGAAAGAACAGAACUCUUCUGCAAGGAGAGAUUCCUGACGAACGACCCUCCUUUCGGGAAAACACUAUCAACUCUUUUAACACAGCUUCCAAGUUUGGAGCUAGUUUUGUCGAAUUCGAUGUUCAGGUGACUAGAGAUGGACAUCCCAUCAUUUUCCACGAUGACUACAUUAUUCUUGAAGAUAAGGUGUCGAGGAAGAUUGGGGAGCUUUCAUUAGAGGAGUUUCUUGCUUGCGGACCUCAGAAAGACAAAUCUACGGAUGGGAGGACCCUGUAUAGGAAGGCGAAAGAUAACUAUGUGAGCAUCUGGACAGCAACCGUGGAGGAUUCAUUGUGCACUCUGCAAGAGGUAUUUGAAGAAGUAGAUCAGAAUGUGGGUUUCAACGUCGAAGUUAAAUUUGAUGACGUCUUGAAGACCAGCGAUGAUGAGUUGCGACGAGUUCUUUACCCCAUUUUGGAAGUUGUAAAGCAACAUGCGAAAGGGCGAAAAGUCUACUACUCUAGCUUCAACCCAGACGCCGUUUAUCUGCUAAGGAAGGAGCAGUCAAGCUACCCGGUGUUCUUCCUCACUGAUGGAGGAGUCAACUUAUUCAAUGAUCCACGAAGAAACUCUAUCCAAGCGGCAGUUCAAGUUUGUGAAGAGGGUAACUUGCAAGGUAUAGUUACGGAAGUGGGAGCGAUCCUGCGUGAACCCACUCUUGUUUCCUUAGUCAAACAAGUGGGCCUUUGGCUCUUCAGUUACGGUGUUCUCAACAACAUAGCAGAAGUGGUGGAAAAGCAGAAGAUUCUUGGCGUGGACGGAGUGAUAGUAGAUCAUGUGCUGGAGGUGGUCACUGUGGUACGUGAUUUAGAAAAACUUCCAUUAGAGAAAAUGUUGAAUUUUGUCCCAACCCCGCUGCGUACGUUGAGUGAAGAAAAGUUACCGUGAACUCGUCGUUCUUUGUGCCGAACAACCCCGGAUCACAUACCAUGCCAAGUCCGCUCAUAACUAAUUGUGGUUGUAUUUUCAAUCUUCCUCGACAUCAAUCUAGGCAUUCCCUGACAAUCAUGUAAGGUACUAGGCACAGAAACUAACUGCCCAUCUCUGCUAGAGCAAUAGUCAAUUGAACUGUUGUUGACAAUCACAUUAUUUUCUAAAUUGUGCAAUCUCGAUUACCACUAAUUCAUGCUGAUUCACUGCUAUGUCUCACUCCUGAACGAUGUAAGGAAUGAUGUAGUGAAUUCUACAGUGGUUCUGUUGUUGUUUCUAUGUUGAAACUUCCAAACUUUUAAAAAAACAAAUGUGACCCACAAGUCUGAAGUGAGCUUUUGUAGUUAAGGAAGCUGCUAUCCCUUCUAGAAAUGUGUUUAUAUAACAAGGAUGAGGUAUUUUUCAGACCUAGAGACUGUUGUAAAGGAUUGCUUUGUAUUGAUC